CUACCUGUCCGUGGAACCACGACUCAGUUUUACUAUUGACCCAGCAAAAUACCGUAAACUUAUCCUCGGUGUCCGUAAUUUAAAUUUAAAAUUUAAGUUUCAUACCUUAUCAGUUAUAUCAUUAACACUGGCUGAGAUAAACCUGUCUCUAUCAGCCUGUAGUGGUAUCAGUGUGCCAGACGAAGACGGAAAAAUAAUUUUAGGUGUGGUUAAAAAAAUACGGCGCGGCGCGAUCAGUGUUCGUCGGCACACCUGACGUGCGGGCGUCUCAAGUUUGUCGAUACCGCACGGCGCGGCACUAGCCCGUUUAAAUUUCGAACUCUCCGAAUUCCGGGACGCCAAUAGCCGCCGCGCGCUGUCAUUCGAUCUGUCGUCAUAGUGAUGUGUGUGAUGUAAGCUAUUGUUAUCGAUAGACACGGUGAUCGUGACAAACAUGAUGACUAUGGACGUCGGGAUGUACAACAACCAACAAAACGGGUACGGAAGUGCGGAAUACUACCAGCAAGGAGCGGCAUACCAAGCGCCAUACGAGGGUUACCAUGAAGGGUACUACGAGCCCCCAUCUCACUAUUACGAACCUAUGUUACACGGACAGUCAACACAUGAACCUCCUACUCCGGUGAUUAGUACAGAUACAGGAUUAUGUUAUACUAACCUGGAUUAUGGAGAAUUACAACCAAACUAUCAGUUGCAUCCGCUGCCGCCUCACCCAGAGCCAUUCAAACACAGAGAAGACCCGAGGCCUGAGGAGAUGCAUAUCCACGAGCACAAAUUAGACAAUCAUUACUUGGAAACGAAGUAUAAUAUGCACUUCGUGGACGAGUCUUCGAUGCAGUACAACCAUACGGGUUCACCUCUGCCUUGUCCAGAGUUUGAGCACUAUCAGCCCAAGGAUGAGUUCGCGGGGCUUCGGGAAGGGUUCCCGCGGGAUGGCGAGUGCGUGGGCGCUCACUCUCACAUCCCGACGGGGCACCAGGCUCACCCGUCGCAUGCGACGGUUCCUACGUACAAAUGGAUGCAGGUGAAGAGGAAUGUACCGAAACCAACUGCGCCGAAACUGAUGAUACCCCCCGCUGAAUACGUCAACCAAGGUGUGAUGGGCAGCCCGCAAGAGGGCCUCCGCACACCCACAGGCGGCCAGAUGCUGGCCAACCCGCUCCUCAACCUGAACAACUCCGGCAGAACCAACUUCACCAACAAACAACUCACCGAACUCGAAAAAGAAUUCCAUUUCAACAAAUAUUUAACUAGAGCUCGUAGAAUAGAAAUAGCGUCGGCCUUGCAACUCAACGAGACGCAAGUUAAAAUCUGGUUUCAAAAUAGAAGGAUGAAGCAGAAGAAACGGAUAAAAGAAGGUUUAAUAGUCGCCCCUGAAGUCACCCCCGCGACGCAAGCGCCGCCUAUCGGCUCUAACGAGAACAGUCGAGAGUCCAGCUAAGUUACAGUGUGACAGUACAAAAUGAACUAUCCAGUGUUUUGUAUUGGUCGUCGAUCGAUUUCAUCAGUUUAGCGUUACGCUUUGCUAGUCAACUUGGGAUUGCGAAAUCUUUUUUUUUUAAUUAUUUUGUGCUCCGAAGGUCCCGUGAAAAGACAUUUAAAAACUUUAUAAACAGAAACAGUAUAUAGGUAUAACAAUAACUAUGUAUGCAUUAGGUACAUUUCAUAAAAUAACGUUUUCAAAAGGAAGAGUAAGGUUUUUAUAUUUUUGUGAAUGAUAAAUUUAUCUAGGUUUCAAUUGUAGAGACUACGCAUUAUCAAAAACUGGGUUUGUACAUUUUUGUCGUUAUAAAUACUGAGUAAAUUUCUUGUGGUUUUAUCUGAUAUACUAAUUUUUUUAUAUAAUCUAGGUAUAAUGUUUUAAAAUUUGCAACAUUUUUACCCACGACUGAAACGUACAAAACUGGGCUUUUAUAAAAACAUGUACUUCUAAAUUGGACAAUAUAAAAAAAACCUUAAGCUCUUUGCAAAGUUAUUGUAUCAUAUAGACAAAAUUAAUUUAAAAAAUAUAUAUAUAAACAUUGAGUAAAUUAAGUAGAUAAACUCUGUUUUAGAUAUCUUUUCAAGGUGACGUUUCAAUUUUGCCUAAGGUUCUGUCAUAGAAGUAAAACUGGCUAUAGAUGAAGUAUCGCAAACAAUCCUCUUUCAGUGUACUUAGGUCCGUAUCUAAAAAAGAAAUGACCAAACAAAAAUGUUAUAAUAAGUAAAUACAUAUACACGGGACAAAUUACACAGAUUGAGUUAGCCUCGAAGUAAGUUCGAGACUUGUGUUACAAGAUGCGAACUCAACGAUACGAUAUUUUAUAAUAAAUAUACUUAGAUAGAUAAACAUCCAAGACCCAGACCAGUCAGAGAAAGUUCGUUUCUCAUCAUGCCCUGGCCGGGAUUCGAACGCGGGACCUCCGGUGUCACAGAAAAGCGUUUUACCGCUGCGCCACAGAGGUCUAAAUUUCUUUUUCUCCAAUUCUUUAGGUUUUCUUCUCAAACGAAUUGAUGUGAGAUUUAACAAAGCCUCUUUCCCGAAAUCCCAAGCAGAUUUUCAAAGGAAAUUGUAACGUUGCCUACUUUUAGUGGAGUUAUUUCGGAACUUCUUAUCUAUAACAGUUAUACCUCUGUGACUGGAACUAUGAUAUAGUACUCUUUUCAUUUGGUUUAUAGAUAACUAAUCGGCAGUUAUCAUUAAUAAAUCCUAAAAUGUGUCAAGUUUCAAAUAACCAUUAACUUGUAUGAUAUUAGAUUGUAGAUUAAGAUUCAUUGCACAAACAGAUAAGCUUGUCCUUCCAUAUUUAUUAGUUAGGAAAUAACUUUAAAGAUAAAAUACAUGCUUUUGUCGAAUUAGGUAAUGUUAUUAAAUUGUUUUAUUUUCUAACGUAAAAGAAUUACCUAGUGGCAUACAAGUAAUAAUUACCUUCUACCAAAUUACAAUUUAAGUCAAGUCGAAAGGCGAUCCCUGGGCUCCGAUAAACUUCUGUGGAGGGUGCAACCGGGAACACGCACAGAUGAGAGAGAGAGAGAUCAAAUUACAACUUAUUAUCUUAAUACCAUUAGGUAUCAUAAAAAUAAAAUAAAAAUAGUAUUGAAAAGUAUUGUAUUUGUAUUUUAUGAUUUUAUGAAAGCUACUAAUCCUGUACUUACAAGUAUUCAAUUUUAAACAACAUUUUGAGAUACAACCCUUUAGUUAAUUUAUAUCAAUUUGUGACGAAACAUACUACUAUAAUUCGUGCCGUUCAGUGCAUAUGGACAUAACAUCUAUAGGUAUGAUACAUAUAAAACUGACUGACUGUUAGACAACGCACGGCCUACACCUAUGGGUUAAGAAUAUUAACUUUUGACAUGUAGGUUGCUUAAAUGAUUUAGGGGUGUACUAAGAGAAGAGAUCCCGAAAUUCCCGCGGGAACAGAAAUAAAUAUUAAUCAAUAUUAUUAAUAAUAACAGAUAUAAAUUAUAUUAUUAAAAAUUCUAGUCUACUAAUAAAUUGGUAAACAUUAAUAAGGGAUGCAUCUCAAAAUGAUAUCUCAUUGAAACAAUGGAUCGUUCUACAAAUUGGCUCACAGUUUAUCAUUGUUAAACAUAUCACUAUUUAUCUCAGCACUUUUGUAAUAAUUUCUUUACAUACAUACAUACAGUCACGUUCAUAUCCCUUGCUGUGUCGACAGAGUUAACAGCCUUGAAAUUUCCUACAUUUAGUUUAGAAAUCUUCAUAAGUAAGCGACGUUAUCGUAUUUUUUGUAUUUAUUUUAUAAAAUUAACUUUUAUUUUUAGACCAAAGCUCAUUUACUAAUUUAUUGAGUAGGUACCUACUGCAUGUAAUAAAAAGAUCGUUUUGCAAGGACAUACCAAAAAAACAGGAUAAAAAUUGCUAUUAAUAGACCUUUUUUUAUAAUGAAUUAAGUUUCCCUAUUGGAUAUAAUAGUAUCCACUUAUUUUUCUGAUUUCAAUCGCAAAUUAUAUUUAAAAGAAAUAUUACCUAACAUUUUUCACUGAAUUCCGUGUAUUGUCAAAAGCAAAUGUAUCUAAUAAUGAACAGAGUAGUCGUGUAUAUAAUGCGUGUUAGGUUGGUGUGUACAUUUCUAUCAUUAAGCUAUUACCUAAUAACAUUAUCAAUAAAUUAAUUAUAUCUAUUUUC